AUGAAUUGCUCAAAAACAAAAAAUAAAAUCAAAAAAAAUACUAAUACUCCUCUUCUGGCUGAAAUAUACUGUGGAUUAUAUUACAAUAAAUUACAUUCAAAAAAAUUAGCUGAACGGAAUGUUAAUCAUGGAGAGUCCUCAGAAAGCUCUUCAUGUAAAGUCAUAUCCCAGAACUAUCAACUAGAAGAUAAAAAACAAAAUUUAUGUACUUUGGAGAAUAAUGGAAAGAGAGAUAAAAAAAGAAACAAUGUUGAGGUAAAUGAUAAAAUAAGCAAAAAAUCAAAAGAAGAAAAAAUUAAGAUGAAUGCAAAGGAUAUUUGGCUUCAAAAAUGCUUAGAUGAAAGGGUACAGUAUUGGCAAAAAAGGAUGAGGCAUUGGACUGAAAUAGAAGGAAUUAUGUGGCGUGAAUGGUAUUUUGGAUCAAAAACUAAAGAUAUGAAUGAAGAAUGGAAACAUAAUAAAUGGGAAGAAUGGUUUACAAUAUUUUCCAGGAAAAUGUGGAAAGAAGAUGUAAAAGAUACUAAAAGCUUCAAGAAAAAGAUAAAAAACGAAUAUUCUUUAGAGUAUAUUACUAGUUCGUUUAAAAAAAAAGAAAAAUCAUUUAAAAAUAAAAAGGACAAACUUAUGGAAGAAUGGAAUAAGUUUGUAAAAAAAGCUGAAGAAGAAUGGAAGAAAGAAAAAAAAGAAAUAAAAAAAAAAAAACGAUAA